AUGAAACUAACAUUUCACUUUCUCCAUAUAUCCUCAGUUUUCCGGCCAGAUAACGGGGCCUCAGUCCGGCCGUUCCCCAGUGUCCCCAUGCUACACGACCAGACGGGCACCAAUGUCGGAGGAUCCCCGUCGGGGGGAGCCGGUUCAAUGCUGCCCUCGUUCGGGUUCACGCAGGAGCAGGUGGCCUGCGUAUGCGAGGUCCUCCAGCAGGGGGGCAACAUCGACCGACUCGCCAGGUUCCUGUGGUCGCUGCCGGCCUGCGAGCACCUUCACAAGAACGAGAGCGUGCUCAAGGCCAAGGCCGUGGUGGCUUUUCACCGGGGCAACUUCAAGGAGCUGUACAAGAUCCUCGAGAACAACCAGUUCUCUCCCCACAACCACCCCAAGCUGCAGGCCCUGUGGCUGAAGGCGCAUUACGUGGAGGCGGAGAAACUGCGGGGCAGGCCGCUGGGCGCCGUCGGGAAAUACCGGGUCAGGAGGAAAUUCCCCCUCCCCAGGACCAUCUGGGACGGGGAGGAAACGAGCUACUGUUUCAAGGAGAAAUCCAGGACUGUUUUACGGGAAUGGUACUCGCACAAUCCUUACCCUUCUCCCAGGGAAAAACGGGAGUUGGCAGAGGCGACAGGGCUGACAACAACGCAAGUCAGCAACUGGUUCAAGAAUAGACGACAGCGGGACAGGGCGGCCGAGGCAAAAGACAGGUGA